CGCUCGCUGACCUCGACCUCUCUUCCUCUCAGUCUUACGCGUCCCUCAUUCACCAUGAACCAAAACGACUUCCGAAGGUUUGCGCAACAGAUUCAGAAGGCCGCUGGUGGUGGUGGUGGAGGUGGUGGAGGGUUUCCUCGUGGUACCCCACCGAGAGGUUUCUUUGCGGGAGGCGGUCUCAUCGUUGCUCUGGUUGCUGGUGGUCUGGCUCUGAAUGCUAGUUUGUUUAACGUCGAUGGUGGUCACCGUGCAAUUAAAUACACGAGGUUAAACGGUGUCAAGGAGAAUGUCUACCCAGAAGGGACUCAUUUAAUGCUUCCCUGGUUCGAAACACCUAUCCUCUUCGACAUUCGCGCAAAACCACGUAGUAUCGCCAGUUUGACCGGCACAAAAGACCUGCAAAUGGUCAACAUCACUUGCCGUGUGCUAUCGAGGCCGGAGUCGAAAGAGUUGCCAACAAUAUACAGGGAACUUGGACAGGAUUAUGACGAACGGGUGUUGCCUUCGAUCGUGAAUGAAGUUCUGAAGAGUGUUGUGGCUCAGUUCAACGCAAGUCAACUGAUCACACAGCGUGAAAAUGUUUCGCGUCUCGUGCGAGAGAACUUGGUGAAGAGGGCAUUACGGUUCCAUAUAGUCCUAGACGACGUCUCCAUCACCCAUGUCACCUUCUCGCCAGAGUUCACACACGCCGUCGAGGCGAAGCAGGUCGCCCAACAAACGGCUCUCCGAGCGGCUUUCCUCGUGGAUCAAGCUAUCCAAGAGAAACAGUCUAUUAUUGUCAGGGCACAGGGAGAGGCAAAGAGUGCUGAGCUUAUUGGCGAGGCCAUGAGGAGUAACAAGGGCUUCUUGCAACUGAGAAGGUUGGAGGCCGCUCGGGAUAUCGCGAGCUUGCUGGCUGCGUCUGGGAAUAAGGUCAUGCUCGAUUCGCAAUCGCUCAUGCUGAACGUGACCGGCGAUGACCUGACGAAUGAGCUGUUGAAGGUUAAGAAAUGAGCGUCUCCCUCGCUUGUGUUCGUUCACCGUUCAUCUGUUCGCUGUCUGUCCUCAUACUACCGGUCUCUUUCCCAUCUUAUCACAUCGUUAUCGCAUAUCCGCUCCACUCCAAAAACCAAUCCCAGGCUUAAGCUUUC